AUGAUGGAAGAAAACGAUUUACAACAACAAAUAGGUAGUUUAUUAACACCUUGUAAAAGUACUGAACCAGUCAAGAAGCGUUCUUCAUUUCGUCGUCUUUCCUUUUUUAAGCAACAUAAUGAACAAACAUUAACUAUUCCAUCAUCUGUUUUAACAACAAAUACAAUUAAUAAAGAAUAUGACCCCGAAACAGGAAAUAAAAUAAUCAAUAAUUUCAUGAUAUUAAAAGAGAUUGGAAGAGGCAUGCAUGGUAAAGUGAAAUUAGCAGAAGACCUUGAAACAGGAGAGCUUGUCGCUAUUAAAAUCGUAGAUAAACAAGCAAGAAGAAAACAGUUGGGUUAUAGUAUUUUAAGGGCCAAAAAUAGUUAUGAACAACAACAGAAUAGACAUCCUCUUUUUCCCAAUUUUAAAAGAGUAACUUCUGAAAAUAGAAAAUUUUAUUUAGAAAGUGAACGUAAAAUUAGAAGAGAAAUUGCAAUAUUAAAGAAAUGCGUACAUCCUCAUGUAGUUCGAUUACGUGAAGUAAUUGAUGAGCCUACAAGUCGGAAACUAUAUUUAGCCUUAGAGUAUAUGGAAGGCGGUGAAAUUAAAUGGAGAAAUGAAGACACUAAUAAACCUAUACUAUCCAUGAAUCAAGCAAGAUCUAUAUUUAGAGAUGUUUUAAGUGGUUUAGACUAUCUGCAUUAUCAGGGAAUUAUUCAUCGUGAUAUUAAACCAGCUAAUCUCUUAUUAACAAAAGAUCAAAUUGUAAAGAUUUCUGAUUUUGGUGUUUCCUAUUUUAAUCAGCAUUUGGCAGGUACAAAGCAUUCUGAUUAUGACGAGGAAAUUGAUAGAGAAUUGGCAGAGACAGCGGGUAGCCCUGCUUUUUUCGCUCCUGAGCUUUGUUGUGGUCAUAUAGAAGAAGGAAAUGAAUUGAUGUCUAAAAGGAAAAGACGUAUUACAAAGGCAAUUGAUGUAUGGGCAUUGGGUGUCACUUUAUAUUGUUUAAUUUAUGGUAGAUGUCCCUUUAUAGCUUCAACUGAAUUUGAGUUAUUUGAAUUAAUUCCGACUGCUCCUCUCUUAUUUCCAUCUCAAGAGGAAGUUGGUUUUGAAACACCUGAGGAUUUAAAGGAUUUGUUAACAAAAUUAUUAACUAAGGAUCCUAUGAAAAGGAUUACAUUAGAAGAAGCUAAACAUCAUCCUUGGGUAAUACAUGAUUUAAAACAUCCUCCUAUUUGGUGGCAAGAAGCUGAUCCAACUCAUUAUCAAACUGUAAAAGUAACAGAUGAAGAUGUGAGUCAUGCUGUAACUAAUAUUAUGAAUCGUUUAAGAAGCUCAAUACGACGUAUUUCUUCCUCUUUGAUUUCCAACUUGUCGCAAAGCUUUAAUAGAAAUCAUUCUUCUCACAAGUGUUUAUCUGCUUGUGCUAUUCCAAAUAUAAACUCCGAUCUUUCUUCUUCGUCUUUCAUCAUCACUUCACCUUCUUCUUCUUCUUCUUCUUCUCCUCCUCCUCCUCCUAGUACCACUAAUCAUCGUCGUAGAGUAUCUUCCUUAUCAUCUAUUUCAUCUUCAUCUUCAAUAUUACAGUGUGAAAACACAAAUCGUCAUGAUUGGUUACCGACUUCAUUUACAAAUACUUCAUCUUUAUUUCGUUCAUCCGAGCAUUUUUUUGAGGAACAUGAAAUAGAAAUAGAAAAUGAUAGUUAUUGUCAUCCUUUACUUCAACAGGAACAUCGUCCAAUUCAAAUUGAACGACAUGAUUCUUCAAGUUCUUCCAUGUCGGGUUUAGUUGUUACCUUUAGUCGUUCAACUGAACAAAAACAAUAA